UUUUUUUUUUCAUUGUGUAUGGCUUGCUUAUAUAAAGAAUACCAUAUCCCUAAGAUAUGCACCAUCCUCUUGUUAAUUUACUCGUGGUGGGUGCGGAUUGAAAGCUACCAAUAUGGCAACGAUGAGGAUGUUAUGGCUAAUCCUACUGUGUUUGGUAGCUGCAACAACAAUUGCAUCAGCUGACAGAACAACAUACAUAAUUCACACGGAUGAAUCAAAAGUUGUCGAACUAAAGAGUUUGAACAAGCAACCCCGAGAAUGGUAUGAAGGGAUCCUAAACUCUAUCAAAAAACCAGCAUCUCAAGAUGACGAAGAUGAAGAAUCAUUGGCCCCUGAGCUUCUUUACACCUAUGAGACCACCAUGAGCGGGUUUGCUGCUAAGCUUACAACCAAGCAAUACCGAUCUCUAACUGAUAUUGAUGGGGUACUUUCUGUUGCUCCUGAUAUGAUGCUUAGCCUUCACACCACAUAUUCAACCCAUUUUCUUGGCCUCGAACCAGGCAGAGGGUUAUGGAACAAAUCUAGCUUGGUAUCAGAUGUCAUAGUAGGUGUUCUUGACACUGGUAUUUGGCCAGAGCAUAUCAGUUUUCAGGAUAAAGGAUUGACUCAGGUCCCAUCAAGAUGGAAAGGCACUUGUGAGAAAGGCACAAACUUUUCAGCUACAAACUGCAACAAGAAGCUCAUUGGUGCCAAGGCCUUUUUCAAAGGAUAUGAGGCAAUCAAUGGCAGAAUUAAUGGUACAGAUGAGUUUCGAUCUGCCAGGGAUUCGAAUGGCCAUGGGACCCACACUGCAUCCACUGCAGCAGGAAAUGCGAUUCCUGGAGCUAGCCUCUUUGGAAUGGCCAAGGGUAUUGCCAGUGGAAUGAGGUUUACAUCAAGAAUAGCAGCAUAUAAGGUUUGCUGGGGAAGGGGCUGUGCUAGCUCUGACAUAUUAGCUGCCAUAGAUCAAGCAGUAGCCGAUGGAGUUGAUGUUCUUUCUCUUUCCCUUGGAGGACUACCAAGGCCUUAUUACCAGGACAGCAUGGCAAUAGCGGCUUUCGGAGCCAUGCAAAAAGGAGUUUUCUUCUCAUGUUCUGCAGGAAAUUCAGGCCCAAUUCCUUCAACUGUUGGCAACAUGGCACCAUGGAUGAUGACUGUUGCAGCUAGCUAUGUGGACCGAGUCUUCCCUACUAAAGUCAAGCUAAGUAAUGGCAAAACUUUCACGGGUUCAUCUCUGUAUUCUGUUGCAAAGAAGACUAAGCAACUUCCACUUGUGUACAAAGAAACAGCCGGAGGCAAAAGGGCCGAGUUCUGCAUCAAUGGGUCCUUAUCUUCUAGCCUUGUGAAAGGCAAGAUCGUCCUCUGUGAUCGUGGUUCAAAUGGAAGAACUGAGAAGGGGUUCGUAGUAAAAUCAGCAGGAGGAGCUGGGAUGAUACUACUUAAUAGUCCCACUCAAGGGGAAGAGCUUUUUGCUGACUCGCAUGUUCUGCCUGCCACCACAGUUGGAGCUUCAGCUGCCAAGGCCAUCAAAGAAUACUACAUUCUAAACAAAAAUUCAACAGCUUCAAUAUCGUUUUAUGGGACGAGAUAUGGAGCACGAGCCCCUGUGGUAGCUGCCUUCUCCUCUCGAGGCCCCAGCCUUGUUGACCCUUAUGUUAUCAAGCCUGACAUAACUGCUCCUGGAGUAAACAUUUUGGCUGCUUGGCCUCCAACAAUUUCACCAACUGAACUAAAAAAUGAUAACAGAAGGGUGCAGUUCAAUAUAGUCUCAGGUACUUCAAUGUCUUGCCCUCACCUUAGUGGAAUAGCUGCACUAGUAAAAUCAGUCCAUAAAGAUUGGUCACCAGCUGCAAUAAAAUCAGCCAUCAUGACAUCUGCUUAUACUCAUGACAAUAAAGGCCAUCUAAUUUCUGAUGCAUAUGUAUCCAAAAGUACCAAAUUUGCCACCCCAUUUGCAUUUGGGUCGGGUCAUGUCGACCCAGAAAGAGCUUCUGAUCCAGGGCUGGUAUAUGAUAUCAGUGGAGAAGAUUACUUACACUAUCUAUGCAGUAUCAACUACACCAAUGCUCAGCUCACUAUUUUGGCAAGAAAGAAGUAUAGCUGCCCAAGUGAGAAGCAGGGGAAAUCCCUUCAACCUGGUGAUCUGAAUUAUCCUGCUUUCGCCGUAGUUUUUGAUGCAUUUCAAAGAGGAAAGACUACUUUAACAUACAAGAGAACAGUUACUAAUGUAGGAACACCUAAGAUUAGUUACAAGGUUUUUGUGAUUAAACCUAAGAAUGUGAAGAUUAAUGUUAAACCAAAGGUGUUGACUUUUAAGAAACUGGGUGAAAAGCAAAGUUACAGUGUGAGUUUUACUGGAUCAGGAGCAAAUAUUACAAGCAGAUCAGGUGUUUCAUUAUUUGGAUCAUUGAUGUGGAUGGGUGCACAUUAUAGUGUCAGAAGUCCUAUUGCAGUGACUUGGCAGUAGCCUAAAGAUUGUUCUUUGCUGAAGAAACACAGGUGCUGCUGCUAAACAUAACACCUUUUUAUCUUGAUUGUUUUAACUCAAAUUGAAACUAAGUAUUUAUUUGGAGGACUAAUUUGUCUUUCUGAAUAGCGUAAUGAACCCAGUGAUUUGUGCCUGAUUAUAUUCUGUAAUCUGUAUAUUGACUAUGAGACACUUUGUUCUCUUUAUUAUACUAGAAGUUUGAGCUAUAGGAACAGACAAAAUAGUUCCAAGUCAGCAAGGGCUCAGAAAAUCUAUUGACUAUUGAUUCUA